AAAAAUCUCUUAAGAGGCUGAACUUCUCGGCGAGUUCAACUUUAGCAGAAGCCUGUAAAGCACUUAUUGAAGGUAAGGCGCCCUUUCUGAAGGAAAACACUUUAAAAACAUCAUUCAGAGAAUCCAGUUGCAUGGAGUACAUCACGCAGAACCACUACAUCACCCGCGCCCUCUCGGCCGAGGAGGCUGCCUUCCCCAUCGCCUACAUCAUGACCCUGCACAAGGAGUUCGAGACCUUUGAGCGGCUCUUCAGGGCAGUGUACAUGCCCCAAAACGUCUACUGCGUCCACGUGGACGCCAAGGCGCCGGCCCCCUUCCGGCAGGCGGUGGGGCGCCUGGUGGGCUGCUUCCCCAACGCCUUCCUCGCCUCCCGGGCGGAGCGGGUGGUCUAUGGCGGUGCCUCCCGCCUGCGGGCCGACCUCCACUGCAUGAGAGACCUGCUGGCCUCGGCCGUGCCCUGGCGCUACCUGCUCAACACC